UUCCAGAACUGCACCAUGGACACUCUGGCGGAAGCAAAUGGCACCUUUGCCAUCCGUCUUUUAAAGAUACUAUGUCAACAAAACCCUUCGCACAAUGUGUUUUAUUCCCCACUGAGCAUCUCCUCAGCUCUUGCCAUGGUCUUCCUGGGGGCAAAAGGAGACACGGCUGCCCAGAUGGUCCAGGCUCUGUCUUUAAAUGUCAAGGAAGGUAUUCACCAAGGUUUCCAGUUACUUCUUACCAAAGUUAACCAACCUGGCACUCAGUACGUGCUCAGAACUGCCAAUGGGCUCUUUGCAGAAGAAACCUAUGAAAUCCUCUCAACCUUUAAGGAAUCGUGCCUUCGGUUCUACCAAGCUGAGUUGGAGAUGCUCUCCUUUGUCCAAGCUGCAGAGACCUCCAGGAAACAUAUAAAUGCUUGGGUCUCCAAAAAGACUGAAGGUAAAAUUCCAGAGUUGUUGCCUUGUAACUCCAUUGAUCCACAAACCCGGCUGGUUCUUGUUAAUGCUGUCUACUUCAAAGGAAAGUGGAACGAAGAGUUUGAUAAAACGUGCACAACGGAAAUGCCUUUUAAAAUAAACCAGAAGGAACAAAAGCCUGUGCAGAUGAUGUUUCAGGAAGCGACGUUUAACAUCACCUACAUAAAAGAAGUGCAGGCCCAGGUUCUAGAGCUGCCCUACGCUGGGAAAAACCUAAGCAUGCUCAUUCUGCUUCCCGAUGACAAUGUGGAUCUAAGCACGGUGGAAAGGAAUCUUACUUUUGAGAAAUUCGUAGCCUGGACUAAGCCAGAGUGUAUGAGCAGCACUGAAGUUGAAGUCCUCCUUCCAAGGUUUACACUGGAAGAGGAUUAUGACAUGGUAUCCAUGCUUCAAAGUUUGGGGGUAGUUGAUGCCUUCCAACAGGGCAGGGCUGACUUUUCGGCCAUGUCAGUCAAGGCAGACCUGGCCCUGUCCGUGUUUGUUCACAAGUCCUGUGUGGAGGUCAAUGAGCAGGGCACAGAGGCAGCUGCUGCCUCUUCAGCCAUGGUGAUUAUGGAGUGCUGUGUUGAGGAUGGACCCCGGUUCUGUGCAGACCACCCCUUCCUUUUCUUCAUCAGGCACAAUGCAACCAACAGCAUCCUGUUCUGUGGUAGGUUUUCAUCUCCAUGA